AUGGCGGUGACAUCGGCUGCGUUGGAGGAGCUGCGCAUGACUGAGGCGUGGAAGCAUGGCAUGGAGAAGCCUCGGGAAGUGGAGGACGACAAACAGCAGCAGGACCAACAGCAGGAGCUUGACCAGCAGCAGCAGCGGCGGCCGCAGCAGCAGCAGCAGCGGCAGCAGCAGGAGCAGGGGCAGGAGCAGCAGCAGCAGGGGCAGCAGCAGCAGCAGCAGCAGCAGCAGCAGCAGCAGCAGCAGCAGCAGGGCCAGGAGCAGCAGCAGCAGCAACAGCAGGAGGAGGAUGCCUCAGAAGCAAGACGCUCGUGGCCAGGCCACAAGGCGUUCUGCAAGGCCGAGCAGGCGCGGCGCGAGGCCGCCCGUGGCACCAAGGCACGGGAAGCCAAGAGGUGCAUGGAGGAGCAGCUGGUGUGA